AGACCACAAUGAAUUUGCUUUUCCGCUAACCUUCGCUUAAGUUAUAUGGAUGAUGGUCGCAUCCACGCUCCAUACUCCAACGGUUAAAAACUAACGUCUCUCCCUCUCUUGCUUCUCACCAAACGCACUGGUGUGAAUGAAACCUAGAUUAUCUUUCUUCCUAUCUAAGAUUUUUCUUCUCCGAAAUCUUAUAUGUGACUGUUCUCGUACUAACGACAGGUUGCGUAGCUCCAACCACAACUUCCCAGAAGGUCAGAAUUUUUUCGUUUUUGAAUUUUCAUAUUUUCCGCGUUCUUAGUGAAUUCCCGAAAAUCCCAUCUCUUGUGCGUUCUGGGAUUUAACAGAAAUCUCUCUUUCUCUCUCUGCCUCUCUCUCCCUCCAUCUUGAGUGGUUUGUUUGAUCGAUUGCUAAAUAUGGGCAAAUGGGUAUGAGCUAAAUGUGCGGUUUACGGCUCAACUUCCUGAAAAAACUCCUUUGUUUUUCUUAACCAGAGAAUUUCCCCUCUGUUUUUGUGCUUAUAGAUUUAUAGGUUGUUGUUCUCCCCACGUAUGGUUUCUCAGCCUUGUAGGAGGUCUCUAAAUAUAGGGAAAGAGAGACAGAGAAGUUGUGGGUGUUUCUGUUUGUCAUCCGUCAACCCUUCAACUUCAAAGGCGUGAUGCGUCUAUUCCUGCCAGACUGGACUGGUUUGCACAAGGAAAGAUUGAAUUGAAGAGAAGAUGGGUUUUGGGUAUUUAUGUUCUCCACCUCUCCACUCUUGCUUCAAUUGGGUCCAUUGUAGUCUGGUCGAAUUGCCUGGCUAAGAAGAUAUUGAGCUGAGAAAGAACUGAUAUUGAUAGUUUGGAUUCCAAUGGCUUCUUCUCACGUUGAGGUUUCUUCAUCGCCUUUUGGCUGUGUUCUGAGGGAUCACAACCGAAGACGCAGAGACAGAGAAAGAGAAAACAAUGCCAGAUCCCAAGCAGCUUUCCAGAAGAACCUCAAAGAAUUCGUCAACGAUCAUAUCCAUACCCGCAUUUCCCUCCCUGGUCAAAGAGAUUCUGAAGCUGUUUCCAAUGAGAACUCUCAGUAUCUGGUCGAGAAUCGGGAUCGUUGGGGCAGAGACAAUGAGAGGAACGUGCACAAUUUCCGGCGGGCGAGCAGUAGGGAGGAUAUGAGAGUAGAAUCUUCGGCCAUGAGACGAAGGCAGUCACGGCUACUUGAUCAGUGGGCUGCUCAACAGGCCCGAGAAAUGAUAACCACGAUUGAGAGGCAGAGGUAUGAGGCAGAGCUGUUGGCUCUCUCCAAUUCACACCCUGUCUCCACAAGGCAAUCAGCAUUCCUAAGAGAAUCCUCUCCUGCUCCAUCAGAUACUUCUUCCAUUGAUGUCCCAAAUCUGCGGGCUUCUUCCCUUGUUCAAAUGUGGAAAGAGUUUGAGGCAGAAGCAAGAUCGAGACCCAGGAACCAACCUUGUUGCAUAAAUUCGAUCAGCAGGACCAGCUCCAUAAUGAGCAGCCAUGUUGAGAAUGCUUCUUCAUAUGCGGAAGAACCCUCUAUCGUCGGCUCUGAAUUUUGUGAUUCUGCUGAUGAACGAUAUAUUCCUGAGGAUUCAUACGCGGAUUCGGAGUCUGAGCAGGCAGCUCCAUGUGAUUUACCCUCAUCAUCACAGGGCCACCAUGGAAGAGGAAGCGAGAGGGUUAGAGUGGCAGAUAUCAUAAGAAGGUUAACUUCUGGGAAUUGGACCCAGAGUUCAGCCACAUACUGGAGCGAUGAAAAUGAUGGGGAGCAUUCAAACAUCAUUGAACCACCACCGCCACCUCAUGAACACUCUGCUGCGUCAGAACGAAGAGAACAAUUGAGAUUUCCAUGUGCCAGAAAUCGUCCUCGGGUGAGAGGGCGCAAAGCGAUUGUUGAUCUGCUCAUGCAUAUGGAGCGCGAGAGGCAAAGGGAGCUUACCAGGCUGGUUGAGCGCCGUGCAGUAUCAAGGUUCCCACAACGGGGUCGCAUUCAGUCAUUGCUCAGACUCAGAUGCCUACGUGAAGUUGCGGGUCAAGAUCAAAGGCAUCCAGAUCCACCAGCAUCUGAACGGAACCAAAUGCAGCGGAGAACUCCCAUCAGGUUUCUAAGGGAAAGAUUUAAUCCAAGAACUGAGUGGAAUGGUGGGGUGCUUGCCAAUCAAGGAGAUAACUUGAGAAGCUCUAAUUCACAGAUUCCAAAUAACUCAUUGGAUUCAGAGCAUUCUGGUAUUUCUAAUCAUCUCCUGAUUGAAGAAAUUCAUCAUCAGGAAGUACCUACAACCAAUCAGGAAAGCAGAGCCCUUUUACCAACACCCUCUGUGAGUGUGAAUCAACAAGAAGUCGAUCAAAGUUCAGAAGCUCCCUGGCAAGAGACAAGCUCAGCAGUAAGCAAUCUUGAGCAGCAAGGAAAUUUAAAGACAGCAACAACUUCCAAUAAUUUGGAACAGAAUAUAGUAAUAGAAGAGCCAAACUCUAAAAGAGAGCAAAUGGUAGGAUCCACUAAUGGAACCUGGCUAAAUGAUACUUCCAAUUCAUAUAGAGAUCAGGAAGGUUGCAGACAAGCACGUUGCCAGAAAAACAAAUCCCUGUUGUCAACAUCAUCUAGAAGUGCAGGUCAACAAGAAGAAGCUGAUCAAAGUUCAGAUGUCACUGGGAACAAUGCAAGCUUAGCAGUUAGCAAUAUUGAACAGAAACAGAGUGUAAAGACAGCAACGAUGUCACAUGGUUGGGAAGGGAAUAUAGUAAUACAAGAAUCAGAAGUUGAUGAACACCAGGUUGUAGGAUCCGCUGAUGAAACCUUGCUAAGUGAUCCACCGACGGAUGGGGAAAGUGACAGACAAGCAGCGCCAUACCAGGAAAUACAUGAGAAUGAUUCAGAAAAUUUGGAGCUUCAAGAUCUUCUUCAAAGAAGAAGUGUGACAGGUCUUCUUUCUAGUGAUUUCCGGAUCACAAUGGAACAAAUCAUCAUCUCCCAAUUACAAAGGCAAAGGCAAGAAGAGGAUGCAGAAGAGGAAGAAGAGAAUCACAUUGAGCAUCAAUAUCAUGAAGAGGGGGGCGCUUUUGAUCAAGUGGCAUCAACAUCAUUGCAACUACCUUUACCAUCUGCAUUGAGAUCUAGAAUUUGGUAUCAAGAUCAUGAAGCCAGUGGUGAUUCUGGCCAUAUUGCAUCUCUGUCAUUACAACAUCCUCAAGUAACUAGGUCUUACUACCAAGACAGUGCAGAGGGUUCACCAUCAACAGUACAUCAGUCUCUGGAGAUGGAACUCAUAUUUGAUUUAAGAGGGCAUAUGGAACAGCUCCAUCAUGAGAUGUCAGAACUUCGAAAAUCAGUAGAAUGUUGCAUGAACAUGCAACUGAAGUUGCAACACUCCAUUAAGAAAGAUGUUUCAUCUGCAGCAUGCCAUUCUGGUCAAGGAGGGGAAGCAAAACAGUCAUCUAAUUGGGAAACUAUUAGGAAAGGCAGUUGCUGCAUCUGCUAUGAGAUGCAGGUGGACUCACUUUUGUACAGAUGUGGGCACAUGUGCACCUGUUUCAAGUGUGCUCAUGAAUUGCAGUGGAGUAGUGGGAGAUGUCCUAUAUGCCGAGCUCCAAUUAUAGAUGUUGUGAGAGCAUAUCCAGACUUGUAGAGUACUCUCAACUUACCAGUCUGAUCCCUGUUUUAGUUUGACAUAAUUUUAGUUUAAUGAAGAUCUAAUCAGAAAGUGGGCAUUGGUUUAUUAAUUUAUUGUAAAGCUGAGUUAACACAUAAAUGCAUGUUUAACACCAACUAUUUUAAUUGUUGUGUGUACAGUGCAGAAUCCUAUACUUGUAACAAGUUUUCUCCCUUGAAAUGCAUAUAUUAUUUGUAUAUGUUAAGUUUGACAAGAAUAAAUGAAACUGAUCAUUUAAA